GCAGCCUCGUGCCGUUCAGCUAGAGCUGACACGACCCUGUGUUUGGCACGCUGUGUCCAACCUCUCUUCCCUCCCCUGCACCAUCCAUCUAUAUAUCUGUCCGCCCAGUACGACCCAACUGUAAACAUGCCACAACAGAAGAAAGAAUAUCUCAGUGACGCUUGGAAGGAUGGCAUCUUUAAGGACAAGGUUUUGUUCUGCACAGGCGGUGCUGGUUCCAUUUGCAGCGCUCAAACCAGGGCUCUGGUUCAUCUAGGAGCAUCUGCCGCCAUCAUUGGGCGUAACAAGGAGAAAACAGAGCGUAUGGCUGCCGACAUUGCUACAGCUCGUCCUGGCGCUCGUGUACUUGCAAUUGCCGGCGUGGACGUUCGCGACCCCAAGGCUCUACAAGACGCUGCAGAUAGGACUGCCAAAGAACUGGGCUCCAUUGAUUUCGUGAUUGCUGGCGCAGCAGGCAACUUUCUUGCUCCACUGUCGCAGCUCAGCGCCAACGCCUUCAAAUCGGUCAUCGACAUUGAUGUCCUGGGCAGCUACAAUACUGUUAAAGCGACCCUGCCUUAUCUCGUCGAAAGCGCAAAGAGAAACUCUGCCAACUCAACAGACCCUACCUCCGGAGGAAGAAUCAUCUUCGUUUCGGCCACAAUUCACUACACCGGUCUACCCUUACAAACCCAUGUUUCGGCGGCCAAGGCAGCCGUCGAUGCCUUGUCAAAUGCGGUUGCCAUCGAAUAUGGACCGCUGGGCGUCACCUCCAAUGUCAUUGCCCCAGGGCCUAUCGGGGGCACAGAGGGCAUGGAACGAUUGGCCAAAAGUGACCCGGAAAGUGUUGCAAAGUCGUCAAAGAGGGUGCCUCUGGGACGGCUGGGAUCGGUCAAGGACAUAGCAGAUGCGACGGUUUAUGUAUUCUCGGAUGCAGGCAACUUUGUGAAUGGCUCGACGGUCGUGGUAGACGGAGGCAGCUGGAGGGUCAAUGCUGGCGGGCCCGGAUCUACUUGGGAGUAUCCAGACUUUCUCCUGAGCGGAGCCACUGUAGAGGGAGUCAAGGGCGGAAAGGCCAAGUUGUAGGCGAUAGAUUGCGAGCGUCUGUGCUCCAACGUCGAGAGGAUACAUACUCUAGUCACUUUGAAUCGUUGGUGCAUGAAGAAGCGAUUUAGUUGGCCAGGCCGAAUCGACGUCGGAAGACACGAGUUCUUGAUGCAUAAAUGAAGCUUUGGCACGAUCGGAUGAGCAAGUUGACGAAUACGCUUCACAAGAAGCUGUGACACGGCGGACAAGCAGAAAGAAGGAUGAGCACAAAGGCGGCAGAUCAGACAUGAAUCUUGGACACCAAGUCGGCGUCAAGGCAGAAGAGUGGACGGCAUGAUUGGACGAGUCUCACAAGAUGACGAGGUCAUCUAGAAUGGCGAACCUGUUUGACGGCAUGAAACAAGGGCGGGUGGAGGAUCGACGGCACGACGCAAAUCACAAUCACGAGAGGCGACAGACUUUGGCUACGUUGGCUAGCGCUGUCGACGACUCGAGGCUUGCAGGAUAGGCGAGUCAACACUAUU